UGAUAUGAAUCACUUAUCACGUAUUCUUCGUAGUGACGUAGUUCGUUAUCAGCACGACUACUUAGUUUUUGAUAACGUCCUAGUCAGUAGUCACGUGUGCAGAGAUUCGAGACUACGAGAAGUUCGAGAGAUGAAAUAGUCAAAAAUCGAAAUAUCGUUUGUUGGUUUUAUUACGGUUUACAUCACCGUGACGAUGAAUGGCGUUUCUGACAUAAAUUCGCUGACCAAGAUCAAGGUGAACAGUCUUAAACGCAAAGCUCCGUCCUCCGUCGAAUCCAAACAUAAGCAAAAAAAGUUCAAAACAGACGAUGAGUGUAGUUUACUUUCGUUGACCACAUCUGAGGCGUACGGUAUUAGAAAAGUUACUGAUGAUUUUGACUUGGAAGAUUAUCAACUGCCCACUGACAAGCCUGUCGAGUUUAUAAGUUUAGAUACAUCUCAACUGAAUAGAGAUAAUGGAGUUUUGUUUUCUGAAAAUUUAACAGAUGAUUACGAAGUUUGGACAUUGCAAUGCCCUGAUGAUAUAGAUAUUAAUGAUCUACUUACACAAUCAAUCAGUUUCAACGAAGUUAAAAAAUUGGAAAUUAAAAACGCAAUGUCAGAUAAAGUUGAUUUGAUUCCUUACAGAAGUCAAGAAGGAACAAAUAUUACUAUAGUAACUCCAUGUGAAAGUACAAGCAAUUUAUCUUUAAAUGUGGUUCCUUUAGCUGGGACAUUCAUCAUGUGUAAUCGAGUUAAGAAAGAAAAAUUAAGUAACAAUACUUUACUCCCAGUUGAUACUAUAGAAGAUGCAACUAGAAGAAGAUCGGAAUUAAUGUCAAAAAUUACCAAAAGACUAUCAAAUAAAUAUGAUAUUAAUACAAUUGACAACGAAGAUAGAAAAACAGAAAUUAAGAUAGAAAAAGAAACACCUAAAAAAGUAAAAAAGCAUAAAAAAAAAUUGAUUAUUGAAUAAUACAUAAGAUUUUUUAAAUUAAUUGCAUUUUAAGUUUUCAAAUAUUUCAUAUUGUUAUGUAACAUAAAUAAUAAAUAACUUGUUAUUUUUUUUCAUAAAACUUUCAAUAAAAUCUGUUUUAUUUAAUAGACAAAUCUAUUAUUUUAUUAUUGAAAUAUAUAUUCAUAAUAUAUAAAUGAGUUCAUGUUUA